AUGGAAGGUGAGCGGCCUUCAACACCGCCUUCGAAGCCGAACGCUGUGAAGCCUGGCGAGCUUCCUCGAGGUCCGCUUACUCCAGAACAAUUACGCAGAAUUGAACUCAACCGCAUGAAAGCCAAGGCGAUUCGAGAACAACGGGAAGCAGAAGAGGCCAAAAAAAGAGCUGCAACACCUAACCCUUCCAGCGCCGGAACAGGCGUCAAGAGAACGUAUUCCUCCAUGACUGCGUCCGAGACCCCCGCAACGUUACGAGAUGCUUCGGCGAACCGACCCCUUGAUGCGAUCAAACCUGCCCGCAGUUUCGCCAAGUAUGUCGAGUACGAUUUCAGCAAGAUGACGGACACAAAGGGAGGUUUCUUGACCGCAGAGGAUGACCCCCACAACAAAGCAUUGCAUGUCCGAGAUGGCAAAGAGGAACAGAAACCCGCGCAUAUGACGCAGAAGGAAUGGGAGCGACAGCAACUGCUCACCUCUCUGCGCCGGGAACGAGCGGGGCCAUUUGAACCAGGACUCAGCGUUCUAGAUGAGAAAAGCAAGAAAAAGGCAUGUCGCGAGUGCGGAAGUCUUGAGAUUGACUGGAAAUGGGAGGAAUUGCUGCGGUGCUGUGUGUGCAAUGCCUGCAAGGAGAAAUAUCCGGAGAAGUACAGCUUGUUGACCAAGACGGAGGCAAGGGAAGAUUAUCUGCUGACAGAUCCGGAACUUCGCGAUGAAGAGCUCCUACCGCACCUGGAGCGACCGAACCCCCACAAGUCGACUUGGAACAACAUGAUGCUUUACCUACGAUACCAGGUCGAGGAGUAUGCGUUUUCUCCGAAGAAAUGGGGCUCCGCGGAAGCACUGGAUGCCGAAUUUGAGCGGCGGGAGAACGAAAAAAAGCGGCGCCGUGAAGUCAAGUUCAAAAGCAAGUUGGAAGACCUUAAGAAGCGUACCCGUGUCGAAGCAUACCGGCGCAAUCGACAAGGAGCUGCCGGGGGAAAUUUCGGCGACGAUCUUGGGAAAGGUGGACGGCAUGUCCAUCAAUGGGGUCGAUCAGUUGAGAACCCCGAGACCGGUAUAGGGGUGAAGACGUGCGUUGACUGUGGCAUGGAGGUUGAAGAGCUAGAGUUUUGA